GUUGUAAAACUCUUGUUAAUCCGCACCGUCUUUUAUCAGUUAAAAGUCUCACGCUUAUCUACACUAAGGACAUAACGACGGUGGAAAUUAAGGCCCACGGCAACAGGAUCCGAAUUGUACAUCGAAAAACAACCAUUCCCUGGUCGCCAUGUCGUCCAAAAACAAUCAAAAAGAAAAGCAGGAAUACCCAUUCACUUUCAAAGUUAUACCGGAAACCCUCCAGAGUCCAUUCAAGGAACUUUUCCCGUCUUACCCGGAAGGUCUCGUGCAGAGUCAACCGGGCAAUUUCGUCUACCAUCCGCUCUACAGUCCAAACGCAGACGAAUUUUACAACUUUCCAAUCAGGAAAGAUGACGUCUGGAUCCGCACUUUCCCCCGAUCAGGAACCACCUGGACUUCCGAAUUGACUUGGCUCAUUAUGAACGACUGCAACUUUGAAGAGGCCAAUAAAGUCCCGUUAACCAUUCGAUCGCCCAAUCUCGAUACAUGUUAUGCAACUAACUUGCAAUCAAUGGCUUCUCAGGGUUUCUCAUCCACCGUACCCACUUUAGAGAAAAUAGCCGAUCUACCCUCGCCCAGAGUCUUGAAAAGUCAUUUGGCGGCUUAUCUGUUACCUCCCGAUUUACUCGACACUUGCAAAGUCAUCUAUGUCGCUAGAAAUCCCAAAGACGCUCUGGUAUCUUUCUAUUACUUUCACCACAUGGUCAAAUUCUUCCAGUUUACAGGGACACUGGAACAAUUCGCCGAAUAUUUCAUUCAAAACAAACUUAUGUGGACUCCUUAUUUCGACACCGUUCUAGACGCCUGGGCCAGUAGAAAUCACCCCAACAUGCUCUUCCUCUUCUUCGAAGACAUGAAAAAGGAUAUCAGGAAAGAAAUCAGAAAAAUGUGCAGCUUUCUCAACAAAACGUUAACCGAUGAGCAAAUCGAUAAAUUAGUCGAACAUGUCAAAGUUGACAAUUUCUCCAAAAAUAAAUCGGUUAAUUUGACCAUGGAAAUCGAGUCCGGUUUAAUUAAUGAAGGGCACUCGUUCGUUCGCAAAGGUAAAACGGGCGACUGGAAGAAUCACUUCAGUCCGGAAUUGAACCGGCGCAUCGACGAGUGGAUCGAGACAAAUUUGGCGGGAAGCGAUUUGAAAUUCGUCACCGAACUGGCCGAUCAAGAUUAAAGAUGUGUUAAAAAUGGUACACACCCAGAACCAGCCCUGCACUACAAAUUAAUAAGAAAAAUACAAUUCACGCCAAGAAACUUAACGCUCUGACUUAAACAUUAAAACUAACCGACACAAAUGUUGAUUUUAUAAAAAUUUCUUUCACCCAAUAAAUUUAAACGAAAA